AUGAGCACCCAGCUUCAGCAUCAUUCCCAAGAUCACACCAUGUCCAACAGAGUACCGACUCCACAACUGCAGUAUGUCGUCCCGUACGAGCGCUCUGACUCCGGAUAUUGCUCUCGCUACGCUACGCCAGAGCGGGACUCGACCACUUCGCCGACCCCUGAUGGUCAGAGCUUCGAGCAAAUCGUCCGUGGCAGCGAUGCAGUCUCGCGCUUCACAUACACGAAGCCACGGCACACUCUACCACAGCAAGCCAUGCCGCGCUCGCACUACCAGCCGCCGGUGCAGCUCGAUCCUCAAGACAUGACCAUGCAUCCUCAGCAGUGGUCAAUCCCGUUUUCACAACAACCGAACAGUCACGCCAAAUUGUCUGAUCCAGCCAUCGACCCCCAGAUCCUUGGAGACUCAUACCAGCUCCUGCACGACUCCCCACAGGAACAGUAUGCCGAACUGCCCCAGCAACAGCAUCAGCAAUACGCCGAGCUUCCCCAGCAUCAUCAAUACGGCGCCUAUCCUGCUCCGCAAGACUCUCAAUGGCUCCCAUCCCACAUGGACGACCUGUCGAACGUGCGCACAUACCACGGCCAAGACAGCAGGACGAGCUACGAGCAGCCAUAUCCAGGACUCUACAGCGAGCUCCCGCCCCCAUACGACCAGCAGACAAACUACAUGUCCGCCAACGUCAACCACAGAAUGUACCACCCUCCAUACCACCACCAAAAGCAAUCCAUCGCCCACGAUCCCGACAACGAAGAAGACGAAGCCGAAGCAGAAGACACGCCCGAAACCCGCAUCCUCAAGCCCCAAAAGUCCAAGCACCAGCCCUGGGUGCGCGUCAACGGCAAAACCCAAGGCGGCAACCGGACCAAGAAGAUCAACGCCUACAAGCAGGCCCAGAAGUACAUGCACGACCAGUACAUCCCGGCAAAGAACAAGCAGCUCAACGCCUGGACCUCCUCGCACGGCUUCGAAUUCACCUACAACCAGUACGGCGAGCUCGCCCAACCAACCCUCUCCAUCGACCAGAUCCGCGACUUCCUCUACGACCACCCCUGGCGCCACCAAGCCCGCCGCAUGACGCUCUGGAUCCAGAAAGUCGCCGCCGACUCCGCGCGCCGCUACCCGACCCGCGAGUCCGACCACUGCCGCUUCGCAGACUGCCCUUCGCAGGUCAAGGGCAAGGGCACAAUGCUCCACGGCCACUACCGCGUCGCCUUUGACGAGCACUGGAACUCGCACGGCGAGGCCGCAGACCCGUUCCUCGUCGCCGGCUUCGUCCACCUCGACUGCCUCGAGCGCUUCCUCGACCUGCCCGACCUCUGCCGCACCCUCGACGUCCGCGCCGACGGCCGGCUCAAGCUCAGAAACGAGCCCAAGGCCAAGUACCGCGCCGCCUUUGACCACACCGACAAAGCCACCCACGCCGAAGCCCUCUCCUUUCUCGAGACCAUCAAAUCCAACACCAACAACCCCCCCUCCUACCCAGGCCCCAUCCCCCUGCCCCUCUACCGCACCUCCUGGUCCUGGCCCCACGAACUCGCCCGCCACACCCACACCCUCACCGCCCGCCUCUCCGCCGCCAAACUCGCGCACGACCGCCCGCGCGCCCAAAUCUCCCAGUUCGAAAAGCGCCUCGACGCAGACCGCGCUGACCGUGUCGCUGCGGGCCUCGACCCGCAUUCCAACGCCGACUUUUCGAAUUGUCUCUUGCAUCAGGGGAGUAUUUGGCUGUAUCAGGAGGCGCAGGAGGUGCGGAGGGCGGAGGAGGGCGAUGUGCGGCUUGGGCGUGUGAGGCAGGCGAGGCGGGAUAGGGAGAAUGCGGGGAGGGGGGGGAAGAAAGGUGUUGAUGAAGUCGAUGUACCCACCACCCCUGAAGACGACGACACCGACACCGACACCGACGACGAAGAAGAAGAAGAAGAAGAGCAAACAACCUCCGACCCACCCACCCGCUCUCUCCGCAGCGCCGCCGGCCUGCGCGCGACGCAAAAGUCCUACAGCGAGCCCGACGAGGAUGACAUUGACGGUGUCUCGGCAGAGUCUGGCGAUGGUAUUGACGACAAGGUGGGAUCUGUGGGGCAACAGGUGCGUAAGCGCCGUCUUGCGGCUGUCGAUGAGGUGGAGGAUGCGGAUUCGGAUGAGGAGUUUGAUCCGCGGGCGUGUUUGGGUGGGGGGAGGGGGGGGAAGAGGAGGAGGGGGGGGCGGUAG